AUGAAGAGGGCAAGAACAAAGAUAGCAAUAUCAAUGUUGGGCAAAUCAUCGAAUAAUAAUAACGCCUUAAAACGUUUAUGCUCAUUGUUGAAAUCAACAAAGAAAGGCGAAAGCAAAGAUAUUCAACCUAUGCUUGAUUUGAACACACUUUUGCCAAACGAUUUAUCCAGAUACUACACAUAUUCCGGAUCAUUAACUACCCCACCAUGUAAUGAAUGUGUCACAUGGAUCGUUCUAGAUGAGCCAGUAGUGAUGACUAUUGAUCAACUUGAAACAUUACGACAAAUGCAUGCUAAUUGUGUAACCUGUGGUCAAACCGAUAAUUUUCGUCCAAUUUGUCCAAUCGGUUCACGUUUAGUAAGAUGUUCAUUUCGAGUUUAAAAAAAGACGAACAACAAAACAAUCCAAUGUAGCCAGAUUCAUUGAAUACACAUGCAAUUUACUCAUUUAGUCAUUUUAUUUACAACCAUAUACAGAAGAAAAAAACUUUUUUUCUCUCUCUCUUUCAUUUACAAAAGAAUCAGGAAUAUUUCAAUCUAUCCAAUCUAUCUAGUCGAUAUUCACAAUCAUAUGAGACUAUACUAUACAUUGCUUGAUUAUUUCCACAGAAUAUUUACCAAAAAAAGAAAAAAAAUAAUAAAGAGAACCAUUAUAUCAAAUUAUUGUUUUCUGUUCCUUUAAACUAUCAAAUUACUACUAUACACAGUUUAUUCAUCAUUGAAUUGAUGUUGUAAUGCUUCUUCUCAUUAUACUGUAAAAAUUUAACUAAGCAAGAUUCUCAUUUUAUUCUGCUUAAUUAAUUAAUUAACUAAUUAAUUAAUUAAUUAAUUGAUUUCUUACUUUUAUUUUCAUCAUUUAAUUGAUUAUUAUUUAAUUAUUAAUCAUUUUAAAAAGGGUCUCCUUUCCUUUCCUUUACCUCUUUAUCAAUGUUAAUAUAAUUUAAUGAUUUUAGAUUUGAAGAACAUAUUACUUUCACCUUGUUUGUUUUCAGUGAAUUAAACAGAAUAAUAAAUAAUUAAUU